GCUCGCGGUGUCUCAUAAGAAGCGUGCGCGCUCCCCAGCCUCCCUCUUUCCUUUCCUCCAUUUUGUGAGACGCGGAGUGUCCGUAGCUGACAAUGCAGCUGUUUGUUAGAGCUCAGAAUCUGCACACCCUUGAGGUGUCUGGGCAGGAGACUGUAUCACAAAUCAAGUUACACGUCUCUUCCUUGGAGGGAAUUCCUUCUGAUGAUCAGGUUAUCCUUCUUGCUGGCACACCUUUGGACGAUGAAGCCACUCUAUUGCAGAGCGGUGUAUGUGAACUAAGCACCCUUGACGUUGUUGCAAGACUUCUGGGAGGUAAAGUACACGGCUCUCUGGCUCGUGCCGGAAAAGUACGAGGGCAGACCACCAAGGUUGCCAAACAAGAGAAGAAGAAAAAGAAGACCGGUCGUGCAAAGAGGCGCAUGCAGUAUAACAGACGCUUCGUGAAUGUGGUACCCACCUUCGGCAAAAAGAAGGGACCAAAUGCCAACUCAUAAAAUGCAGAGCAAGAACUAAUAAACCAUUGCUAAACUUGAAAAA